UUGAAUUCAAGAAUUUAGAAAGUUUAUUUAUGAACUGGACUAUUUUUAACAAUAACUUUCGUCAAAUCAUCAGACCGAUAACUACUCUAAAGAAGUUAUCAUUGCAUAAUUGUGGACUCAAUGGCACAUUACAUGAUCAAGGUUUGUGUGAGAUGGUGCAUUUAGAAGAGUUAAAUAUUGGCUACAAUACUUUACGGGAUACAUUGCCUUCAUGCUUAGCCAAUUUGACUUCCCUUCAAUCAUUAGAUAUAUCUUCCAAUCAAAUUAUUGGAAACCUCUCAGGUUUGUGUGAGAUGGUGCAUCUAGAAGAGUUAUAUAUUGACAAUAAUACUUUACAGGAUACAUUGCCUUCAUGCUUAGCCAAUUUGACUUCACUUCAAUCAUUAGACAUAUCUUCCAAUCAAAUUACUGGAAACCUCUCUUCAUCUCCCCUUAAAGAUAUGACAUCUCUUAGAGUCCUCCGAAUUUCAAACAAUCUCCUCCAAAUCCCAAUUUCACUCUCACCACUCUACAACCUAUCAAAACUCAAAGAAUUCGCGAGCUACAGUAACCCGAUAUAUAUAGAAACAAUGCCACAUUCUUUGACCCCAAAAUUCCAAUUAAAUUCCAUUUCUUUGUCUGGUUAUGGAUAUGGUGCUACAUUUCCAAGAUUUCUUUAUCAUCAAUAUGAUUUGCAUUACGUUGAUCUGUCUGACAUCAAAUUGAAUGGAGAAUUCCCAAAUUGGUUGAUAGAGAACAAUACAAAAUUGGGAGGACUUUAUCUAUCAAAUAAUUCUCUUUCUGGGCCUUUUUUAUUGCCAACACAUCCUCACAUGAAUUUAUCAGUAUUAGAUAUCUCCAUCAAUUCCUUCAGUGGACAAAUUCCUAUUGAAGUUGGCGCAUUUUUCCCGAGUCUAUGGGCGUUAAACAUUUCCAGAAAUGCUUUGAAUGGCAGCAUUCCCUCUUCUUUUGGAGAUAUGAGCUUAUUGGAAAUACUGGAUCUAUCACACAAUCAGUUGUCUGAUGAAAUACCUGAACAUUUUGGAGAUAUGAGCUCAUUGAUAAGUUUGGAUCUAUCACACAAUCAGUUGUCUGGUGAAAUACCUGAGCACUUAGCCAUCGGUUGUUUGUCACUACAACAUCUUGUGUUAUCAAACAACAGUUUGGAAGGUCCUGUAUUCUCCAAAAUAAUUAACUUGACAAACUUGGUGUCGUUAUACCUGAAUAGUAAUAACUUCAUUGGAAAGAUCCUAUAAAUGUUGUCUAAUUGUUUUUCACUAUGUCGAGUGAGCUGUGAGCUGUGUCCAUGACUGUCAAGUAUAUAUGCCAGUGAGCUAUGUAGUGAUAAAAGUUCACGUGGGAUCUGAAGAAAGGAAGGAAAAAAAGUCAAAUAGAGAGAUUUUGAAGUAGUUAAUUUUGCGAAUUCCACGUAUUCUUUUGUGUAAA